GAUCGGAUACAGUGUCACUUUGAACCGGAAAGAGCCAAAGAUUGGCUCAAUCAUGUGAUCAGCUGUGUCCAAUCACAGCUGAUCACAUGUACACUGAUCAUCAGAGUACUGAUGAUCAGUGUGCCCUGAUGAUCUGCGUAGCCCCAGCAGUGCCACUGUGUCAGUGUCCAUCAGUGCCAGCUCUCAGUGCUCAUCCAUGCCACCUGACAGUGCCCAUCAGUGCCACAUUUCAGUGCCCAUCAGUGCACAUCAAUCCCACAUAUCAGUGCCCAUCUGAGCUGCCUUUCAGUGUCACCCAUCAGUCACUUAUCAGUGCCAGUCAGUGUCAUCUAUUAUCCAGUCAGUGCCAACUAUCAGUGCCAGUCAGCUGCGCCUAUCAAUGUGCAUCAGUGCUGCCUAUCAGUGCCCGUCAGUGCUGCCUGCCUAUCAGUGCCACCUAACCAUGCCAGUCAGUGCCAGCCAACAGUGCCAGUCAGUGUCGCCUAUCAGUG